CCCGAUUAGAUAGUUAGUGUCUCUCAACGCCAUCUUGCGGUAGAGUGUAAAAUUGUUGUGGGCUGGGUUUGUGAAGUGUAGGCACGUUGGAGUUAGUUAUAGCAAUAUUAUCAUGAUAUUAACGUUAAAGUACAGGAACUGUAUACUUGGGUACAGUUUCCUAAGCCUUCUGUUAAUUUUUGUAUCCAAUAUAGUGUCUACAAGAGCAGCAGGUCCACAACUUCAACCUGUGUAUGAUUUUGAGAAUUACAAGGUAAUGGAAUGGAGGCAGCUUAAACUAGUUCUGAAAUGUACUAACAGUACGACUGCAAAACUGGAGUGGCGCAAAGGAGACACAGUAAUCAAAGAAAGUGAAAAAUACAAACUUGAACCAACUUCUCUGGUGAUAGAGAAACCAACAGACGAUGAGACUGGAAAUUACACUUGUACUGAUCUUGCUUCAAAUGCAAGUGUUCCAUUCAUUGUUAUCUCUCGUCCAUUUGCGCGCCUACCUGACAACACAAUAGUAAUAGAGGGUGAGAGUUUGACAUUAGAAUGCCAGACUGGUGGUGUCCCUACUCCAACAAUUAAAUGGAAAAUAGGCAAUGAAAUUUUAAAUGGAAGUACAGAUCGCAUCACGCUGAAAGCAAAAGGUGACAUUGCUGAUGCAAUUCUGUACAUAAAAGAAGUUACAAUGGACGAUAGAAAUAAUUACUAUUGCAUUGCUUCCAAUAUUGGAAAUUAUAAUAAUAUGACGACGGCUGGGACAGCAAAAUCAAUGGUGCGCGUAAAAGACAAACUUGCUGCUUUAUGGCCAUUCCUCGGCAUAUGUGCUGAAGUGUUUGUACUGUGUGCCAUUAUCUUGAUCUAUGAGAAGAAGCGCAACAAGGCGGAACUUGAAGAAAGUGACACAGAUAACAGUCCAGAGCAGAAAAACACACCUGACCAUGGGAAGGAUUCAAUCAGGCAUAGAAAGUGAACAAUGCCAGAAGGCAUAACUGUUAACUUUUUGUUGUUCUUAAUAAAGUUUUUAACAAUGUAUUAAUGUUUUGGUGACCUGAGUGUGUGUUCUCCGUUUGAAGAAUAGAACUCAGAAAGAGAACAUUCAUUUGAGUCAUAAAAAUUCACAAAAUAAUAUACCAUAAAACACAACAUUGUUUGUACUUAAUUCCAGUGUUGCACUUUUAUACUCUUUAAUAUUUUAUGUAAUGGGUUAUUGUUAUGGACAAUCAGGAACUGUAAAGUAGUUUACUGAUUGUUCAAGUAAGAAAUGUUGAUACAGACAUUUAUAUCUGCAAUCUGCUACAGUUGACUCCAUACAAUGCACAUUCAAAUUGGUUACAAAAAGAUGCCAACAAGAAUACUUCCAUUAAGUAACAAAUGUAGAUAGCAACAAAGUUUAUAACGUGGCAUUUUAAGAAACAGUUUGUAUGUAGUUGUUGAAAUAUGUGCCCAUAUGUGCUGUGGCCUCCUGAAUGAGGAAAGCUGAUAUAUAUAAAUAUAUUAUAUAUAUUUCUAUGCAGUACAUAAUUUAUUUGUGCCUUUCACUUGUUUAAGUGGCACUGUCCUUGUUGGUCUCAUGUUUAACUGCCAUAUUUGACUGGACAUAUUGUAAAUAUUCAUUGAUGAGUGGAACAAAGACAGUUAAAUUAACUAGUUAAUACUUUUUAUGAUGUCAUUAAUGCAGUGUUUGCUGCUAUUUAUAUAUAUUUACAUAUAGUCAUCUUCAACAGUUUCAUUACUGGGAACCAUAGUCAUACAAAUCACAAUUUAAUGUAGCCUAAUGAUAUGUAAAUAUUUUUUGUUAUAAUGUGAUAUAAAAUAUUUUAAUCUCACCAGGAAUGUGAUAAUUGCUGUGAACGUCAGUCUGCGAACUUGGUGCAGUUCCUGUAAUAAAUCCUGGAGAUCAUAUAAUAUUGGCCACCUACAAGUGGUACUGCUUAAAAUUUCAGGUUCACGUAAUAUCGGAGGAAGGAUAUUUUGGCAAGUUACUUGUCAUUGUCCUAGUGCCUCAUGUAGCAGUCUCAUCUUAUUAUAGUACAUGCUUUUUGUAGAUGUGAUGGGAUCUGAAUUUAAAAGCAAUAGGUUAUACAGUGAAGUAAUUUGUAUUCUGACUGGUGUACCCAUGGAGAGUGAGCAUUUGCUAACAUUGUUAAAGUGUGCAAGUUUUUAUUGAACCAAAUUCUGAUGUGUGAAAAUUUUAAAAAUUGCAGUUCUGGUAGAAUUGCUAGGUUUCUUAUAGAAAUCUUUGUAAUGUUAGUGAGAAACUGAAGUAAGGAAAGUGACAUCUCAUUGCCUUUGCUUAAAACUUGAAUAUAAUAAAUUGGUCAUGUAAGUGUAGAUCUUGACACUAGAACACUCCCAGCUUUAUUACAUAAUAUAAAUUUUAGGAGGACCAUAUUUCACAAACUCGCUUGCUUUUUAAAGCAUCUCCAGGUAGCUAAAUUAUGAACUAUGACAUCUAAAGUGAUGAUACAUGGAUAGGUGAACAGUAUUGAUACUAAUAUAGCUACAGUGUGAAAUUGUGUUAUAAAAGUGUUUAUUUCUUGUGAAUGUCAAGAUACUUUAUUUUGUUACAAAAUAAAGGGCUAUCAAUAUGUGUGGGGUCAGGUAACAAGCCUCAAACUGUUGUGGGAUUUUGUUUGUGUUUAAAGAACUUUUAUGCUCGUGUGAUUCAUAGUUGUUGAUAGAAGUUGGUUACUGAAUUUGGUAAUCCACUUUCUUAUUGGAUUCCUCAGUUGGAAGGUCAGCUUGUGCCCUUGUACCUCAUUUUGUUAAAGCUGUGUGAAUCCUUUCAGAUGCAGAAGAUUCCACAUCGGAGAUUUAUUAACUUAUAUUGUAUGCUAUUGUUACACAAAUAAACUGGUUACUUAAAAACA